UUAGUAUCAUUGGUGUCGUGUUCGGUAGAGGAAGUAUCUGCGCUUAUUUCUCACUCACGUUUUUCAAUGCAGUCUAUUUCACUUGAUUUAAUAAACAAUGCACGAGGAUGUUAAAGUUUAUUUUACACGUCUCAUAUUAUUAAUUUUCAAUAUUUAUUCUUGAUUUUUGAGGAUUUAGGAUCAGUGAUAUUUUUAAAAUAUUAGAUAUAUUAGAAAUAGAAGUGAUUCCAUUAACUGAUAAAAAAGGAUAAGUUCGAUUCAGAAGCUACAUGAUCGGUUCAACAUCUCAAAUCAGGAAGUGCAGAUUUUUUGCGAUAAUUAAGAAAUGGACGUUCCGGCUGAAUAUCUAGGUCCUGGAGAACAUCUUGCACAACGUCAGACGAGUGAGAUUGUAAAUAAUUCUCUCACUAGAGAAGUCGAAGUCAUCAGUGUCGUCGAUCCUCUAUUGUUCUUCGUGAAAUUACGAGAAGAGAUGGACAGUUACUACACUUUAAAACAAUCCUUGGCAAUUUUUUAUGGACCUGGAGGUCAAGGAUCUUGUCAUCAAGUUCCACCUUACAUGCUGCGUCCAUAUUCCUACAAUGUGGUCAAUUAUAAUGGACUCUGGAUUCGCUUCCUCGUUUUCAGUGUAACUUUUUCAACCAAAACUGUCCUGGGCAUGUCUGUGGAUUUUGGAAAAGUUCUCACCUUGGACAUGACUGAGCAAUCUUUUUAUCCCUUGCAUCGACUUUUUGCUUCUUUACCGCCACAAGCGAUACACUGUAGACUUUUUAAUGUUAAGCCAGUCAAGAGGAAAGGGUGUGAGAUGAAAGGAGUAGAAAUUUUGAAUAGUAUGACAGGUAUUGAUAGGAAAUUAGGAGCUAUUUUUGUUCAAUUAGAUCGGGAAAUUAUUGAUACUUAUGAAGUUGUUCUUGUGGAUAUUACUAAUGAAGAACAACCUGUUUUUAUUGUUGAAGAAAUGAUAGCUGCCGGGUGCGUCAAAAUGAAUCAACGCAAAACUAUUUCGUGAAAGCUUAAAUGACAAUUUUUCAUGAAAUCAGAUCAGUAUUCAGUGAGGCACUCUAAUUUUAUUUUGUAAGGAAGACUCUUAAUUGAAGGCUUGGAAAGCAGAACUGAACGAGCGCUCGAGUAGUAGGUAGUAGUGGGGAUGACGCACAGAAAACGCGAAGACCGUUCCCUCUUUCGCCGCGUUUUCUGCGCGCCAUCCCCACUACUACCUACUGCUCGAGCGCUCGUUCGGUUCUGCUUUCAGAGCCUUGUUAAUUUUAUUUUCAUUUCUAAUUUUUUGAAAUGAAAGAUCAUUACCUGAGUAUUACUUUGCCAAAUCAGUAAUGUGCGCUUUUUCGAUUUUUUCGAGAAAAUUGAGUUUGAAAUAUUCGUCGCCGUUCGAUUCUCGCUGCCUGCAUUUCUUAAUCAUCAGAAUGUUUAUAAACAUAAUUUCCUUUAAGUAAUAUUCAAAAAUUAUGCAAAUAAUAAUUUUUUAAUACCUUUUUUGACAGAAAAACUGAAUUUUAAAUUUAUUUAUUCACAAAAUUGAAGUUCGUAAUUGGCAGUCUUUCCUUGUGGAUAAUCAUCUACCAGAAACAAGUAUUUACAUGUUGUAUUGUUAUUUUAAAAUAUUUAUUUAAUUUCAUGAAAAAAUGUAGGCUGAAAAUUAUUUUCUGUUCACAGCGAUGUGAAUAUUUUUUCAAUUUUUAUCAUUUUUCCUAAGGUACUGAAAGCAAGGCUUUGUUGACAAAUAAUUAUUAUCGCUCUUUAGCGAUUCGUUAAAAACUUGAGAUCUGAUUUUUAAAUUAUGGAUACAUAUUAUGCUUUCAUGAAUAUUCAAUAUGCAUGUUUGCUCUAUCAGAAAAGUAUUUUAUUUUUUAGAAGAUUUAUGACUGACAAAUUAAAAGUUGAAUUCUUUGAAAUGAUAAUUCAUAGCAGGAUUAACAAAGAGUAUGAGUAGGUAGGUAGAUUAUUUUAUAAUUAAACCGCAGUAUUUAACUUGCCAGAUUUACUUAAAAUAUUUAUUUGAAGCAGUUAUUAAGAAGUUAGAUAUAUAUUAUUUAUUGUUUAAAAUUAAUCGCAGAUAAGUCAAUUGCUAGACUUAAAAAAAAAACAUUAGUAUUAAGUUAUUUAUGUUCCAGUGGCGAGACUAAUUUUCCAUAUAUGCUGAGUUUCAUAUUGAAAGCUUAGUUUAGUAUUUAUAAUGCCAGUAUUUAGU